GAGGCGGCUGGAGACGCUGGACUGAGGGGCCGGGGGCUCUGAUGGAACUACCGGCGCGAGGUGCUCGGCGGGGCUCAAGGCCGCAGUGCUUCGGGUCUCGGAUGCUGCCGCAGGCCGUUCGAUCCACUACCCGCCGGCUCUUUCCCGGUCCCCCGGCCCAGUGCAUUGUUGGGGUUUGAGCCAUCUCCCGGUAAUUUUCUCCAAAGCUAGAGGAAGUGAGGGGAAAUUGCGCACGUGCAGGUCACCGGUGGAAGAGGCAUCCCUGUCGUUGCAGGCUGACUUGGGUGAUAAUCUUGAUUGGAUGCGAGUGGUACCUUGGAUUCCAGUGCUGCCUCCGACUAUUGGAGUCUGUGACCCUGGACCAAGCUCAGUGCCGCCGGGUCCCCUCCCCGCAGUUCUCUGACACUUUUAAGUUAUCUGGAGGCCUUCCAACUUUCCUAUUUUGAUUGGUGAUACCAUAUUCUUAGACUGCAACAUGGAACAUCGGUGAUCCUAGCUGUUAAACAAUUCCUCACCUGACACAUUCAAGACAUCACAUUUCCUUGAAGUGGAUAUAACCUAAAGAGUUUUGAAAGGAGCUAAGACAAAAAUACUUGUGAUGCUUUGAAGGACAAACUGAAGCAAAGGGAGCGGAACUCUUUGGUUUGUCUAAGAAGGAGGUGAACAUCAUGGAUCAAAACAACAGCUUGCCGCCUUAUGCCCAGGGCUUGGCCUCUCCUCAGGUAAUACAGCUGGACCGUGGGUAGAAAGCUGCAUUGUAAGGGACAGGGCGCCAUGACUCCGGGAAUUCCUAUCUUUAGCCCAAUGAUGCCCUAUGGUACAGGACUGACUCCCCAGCCUGUCCAAAGCACAAGCAGUCUUUCCAUUCUGGAAGAGCAGCAGAGGCAGCAGCAGCAGCAGCAACAGCAACAGCAGCAAGCUGCCCAACAGUCUGCAUCUCAACAAGCAACACAGGGAACUUCUGGCCAAACCCCACAGCUCUUCCAUUCACAGACUCUUACCACAGCCCCUCUGCCAGGCACUACGCCCUUGUAUCCUUCCCCAAUGACCCCUAUGACCCCCAUCACACCAGCUACACCUGCAUCUGAAAGCUCUGGGAUUGUGCCACAGCUACAAAACAUCGUAUCCACAGUGAACCUUGGUUGUAAACUCGACCUAAAAACCAUUGCACUUCGUGCCAGAAAUGCUGAAUACAACCCCAAGCGUUUUGCUGCAGUCAUCAUGAGAAUAAGAGAGCCAAGAACAACUGCCCUUAUUUUCAGUUCUGGGAAGAUGGUAUGCACAGGAGCUAAAAGUGAAGAACAGUCCAGAUUAGCAGCCAGGAAAUAUGCCAGAGUUGUACAAAAAUUGGGCUUUCCAGCCAAGUUCUUGGAUUUCAAGAUUCAAAAUAUGGUGGGGAGCUGUGAUGUGAAGUUUCCCAUAAGAUUAGAAGGGCUGGUACUGACACAUCAGCAAUUUAGCAGUUAUGAGCCAGAGUUAUUUCCUGGAUUAAUCUACAGAAUGAUCAAGCCCAGAAUUGUCCUGCUUAUUUUUGUUUCAGGAAAAGUUGUAUUAACUGGUGCUAAGGUCAGAGCAGAGAUUUAUGAAGCAUUUGAAAACAUCUACCCUAUUCUAAAAGGAUUCAGGAAAACAACGUAACCAUUUUCUCAUAUUUGUAUUUUUUUUUACAAGUUGUCUUGGUACAUUACAUGGUGUUAUUGUGUACAGCACAGAAGUGAGAUGGACUUUGAGUUGCAAACUGCAACACUAAGAUACUUUUCUAGUGCCUAUUUCCUGGCACUGUUGAAGAAACUGUAUUAUUUCUUACAAAGAACAUCUAUGCGGCGUUAACUGUGAGUUGCUUUUAUGAGGCUGUCUUGAAGCAGCACUGUCUAUUUAUGUUUAGAUUUUAAACACUUUUAUCCUCAAUUGUAAUUCAGAAGUUGGUUUAAAAAAGCAAAAACUGUGUUACUAAGUGUUGAAAACUACUUCCACUGUUGGGGGGAUUGUUUUAAACUUCCACCCAUAAACCAUACUUUUUAUAUUUCUACCAUAAAAUGAAACCUUUUUAAAAGUGUUUAUUUCUGAUUUAUAACUUAAAAGGGUUUUGUUUUUGUUUUGUGCCACACAUUCCCUCUUUCCAGUGUUGCAGGACAAAAUAGAUGUAUUAAUAGAAAAAGGCUUGGCUGUACAUAUUCUUCUUUUGAGACCAGAACUGUCAUAUUUCCUCAAAGCACUCUGUACAAUAAAUGCUGUUU